AUGACAGGAUGGGUUCGAUCCGUCAGGCCACAGAAAGACAACCUCUUCUUGCAUGUGAAUGAUGGAAGUUCAUUGCAACCUCUACAGGUUGUUGCCAGCUCACACUUGAAUACCAGGUGCUAUUCUCUACACUCUGGUAACGGUUAUGUGCAGAUACACACACCAGUAAUCACCUCAAAUGACUGUGAGGGAGCUGGAGAACUCUUCCAAGUUGAGCCUGCAGGGCAUAAAAAUGACUCCGAUGACCCAAACCCACAUUUCUUCUCUGUGCCGGCUUAUCUAACAGUCUCAGGACAACUGCACCUGGAGGUGAUGGCAGGGGCUUUUUCUGCAGUGUACACAUUCGGUCCCACGUUCAGAGCGGAGAACUCUCAAAGCAGGAGACACUUGGCAGAGUUUUACAUGGUAGAGGCAGAGAUUGCCUUCACUGAGUCACUAGACGACCUUAUGAAGGUAAUGGAGGACUUAUUCAAAGCUGCCACGGAGCAUGUGCUGUCCUCUUGCGCAGAGGAUGUAGAGUUAUUUCACAAAUAUAUUGCACCAGGACACAGGGAUCAAGUGGAUCUCAUGUUGAAAAGAAAAUUUAAUGUCAUUUCUUACACCGAGGCCAUAGACAUUCUAAAGAGCAGUUCACAGAACUUUACAUUCAGCACUGAGUGGGGCUGCGAUCUUCAGACAGAACAUGAGAAGUUCCUAGUGAAACAUUGUGGAAAUGUCCCAGUGUUUGUCAUCAACUAUCCCUAUGAGUUAAAGCCUUUCUAUGCCCGAGACAACCAGGACCAGCCCAACCACACUGCAGCUGCUGUAGAUCUCUUGGUGCCUGGAGUGGGGGAGCUUUGUGGUGGAUCCCUGAGAGAGGAGAGACUAGAACUUCUGAGUCAACGACUAGCACAAGCUGGAUUGGAGGACACAUAUGCAUGGUAUCUGCAGCUGAGAGAGUUUGGCUCAGUCCCCCAUGGUGGGUUUGGGAUGGGCUUUGAGAGGUACCUGCAGUGCAUUCUGGGACUCCACAAUAUUAAAGAUGUGAUCCCAUUUGCAAGGUUCUCACACUCCUGCCUGCUUUGAAACAGUGUUUUCCCGAAGCCACCCAACACUGCACAUUUUGAAUGUCUUUUAUGUGUGACACCCAUUUGAGGUCUUGAAGUCUCUAUCAAUGAGCUGAUGAUCUGAGUCAGGUGUGUUUGAUUAGGUAAGCAUACAAAAUGAGCAAUAUUAAUGAAGCUAGAAACAAAUUUUAGGAACCACUGCUCUAGUGUAGCAGGAUGACUAAUGUGUUUCAUGCAUUUUUAUGAAACAUUCAUCUUCUCUGUUAUAGAUAGGAGCAGAUAUUAUUUAACAGCCUCCCUAAAAAAAGUAGUCAUUUGUUUUUGUUGAUUUUUUUUUAUUA